GCGUGAAUACUAAAUUAUCGUAACAACUACCCCAAAGGCGGUUUCACGGGGCGGACGGACGUUGUAGCGCCAUGGACGCCGACUUGCACAUGAAGAUGAGCAAAAAGAUCGCCCAGCUGACCAAGGUGAUCUUCCACCUAAACACGAAAAACGAGGACGCAGCCAUGGAGCUGCAGGCGACGGUGUACAGCCACCGCAAGGAAAACGAUAUGCUAGCCAAGGAAGCCGCCUCGAAAAUGGGCCAGCUCAAGGACGCCUUGGACAAGCGCGAGGCGCAGCUAAAGGCGAUGGACAACGUCAAGAAGGUCAAGGAAAGGCACCAACUGGACAAGGCGGAGCGCCUGGACGAGUUCAAACGAUACAAAGAAGAGGUCAAAGCCCACCAGUUGCGCGUGGAAGGGCAGUUCCAGGUCGAGAUGGAGACAUUGGCGAGCGAGUUAAGGAAGGCGCGGGGGGCGUUCCACGAGCGCGUGGCGGAAUUAAAAGCCGCGCUGGACGCUGUGCAAGCCAAGGCCGCGAACGGACACACCGAUUUAGCCACGAUGCGGGCCAAACACACUAAUGAAAUCGCGGACAUGGUGACCCACUCCAACAAAAAGUACAACGACAUGCUCACGUCUCAACUGAACCAACAAGACCAACUAAAGGCGGAACAUGGGGCCAAAUUAGCCGCGUUGGAGAAAGCCCACCAGUUCCAGCUGCAGCAAAUUGCAGAAAAAGCAGACAUCGACGCCAAGUUAGCGGUAAAACGGCGCGAAUUAGAGUGUAAUUCGUCGGCCGACUCGAUGAAAAACGACAUGGUGGCCAAGAUGGAGCGCUUAUUAAGCGAAAUCGAAACCCUCCGGACCAACGAAACGCAAUUGCGAAGCGACAAACUGGAAUUGCAACACCAGAUCACGUCAGUCCGCGCAUCAUUCCAGCAAGUCGAGAUGGACUUUCACAACGAAAAGCGCACGGCGUUCACUAUGCAGCAGAACGCGAACGCAACUUUAGCGGAUGCCAAGGCCAACUUAACUGAACGUCAGCAUCAGGUGACGCUGUUGGAAGCCGAGCUGGUCAAAAUACGCAGCCAGGCGGAGGCUGUCGAUUUGGAGCGGAGACAGCUGCAGAAAUCCGUCGACAAAUUGCAGUCCGAGACCCAGUCCACGUCGUCCAAUUUGUCGGAAAAGGAAAAGCACUGGGGGGCCACGAUCAAGGCGUUGGAAGCCGACGUCGAGUCGACCAAGCAGCAACUCAAGGACAAAGCCGCGGAAGUGCAGAAAUUGCAUAGUUUGGUGAAAUCGAUGGACGCGCAACAUACAAAGUCCGAGGACGAAGUCAAGAUGCAGUUGCUAGCGGCACAGAAAAAGUGCAAAGAGUUGCAGAGCAACGUCGCAGCUAACGCGCUAAGGGAAGCCUCGUUGCUCCAGCAACUCGAAGCAUGUCAAAACGACUUGAAGCAAAUGCAAGACGAGAAAACGUCGCUCCGAGGCGAAUUCCAUGCGACUGAAGGCAAAUUACACUCGACGAUCGCGCUCCUUCAAGACGAAAUACGCGUGCUAAAACAACACCAAGGCGAGUUAAUUCGUCAGCAUGACAACGCUAUACAGCAGCUCCAGUCGUCGGCCCAGUCCAUGUCCCAAGCUCAAAAGGCAGACAUGGAGAGCCAAGUGCAAGAGCUGAGGGCGCAGCUCGACCGGUUAACCAAGCAACUCGCAGAUGCACAAGAGGCAUUGAGUACAAGCCAGCAUGUGCACGCGCAAGUUCUAGAGCAACUAAAGGCAUCGCUCGCCGAAUGUAACGCGUUACAAAAUCAACUAAAGCAAGCCGAAGUUGCCGGGCAAAAGGAUCGAAAAGACUGGCGCAAACAACUCGCCGCUCUGGAAUUAGACAAAGACAAGGCGGCGAAACAGGCCAAGAAGGACAAAACCGCCAUGGACAAGCUCGAGAAUGACCUCCAAGCUGCCAAACACAAGGCAGAAUUGAAUGGUCGCAGUCACUUGGAGGUGGUCGCCGCCUUAAAGCAUGACCACGACGUGCAAAUUCAGGCACUGAACGAUUCGAUGGCUCAGUCAAUUCAAGAAGCUGUUCAAAAGGCAGAAGCGUUGAUGCAAUUACAUGUGGACGAACAGCGGGCGUUCUUGUUUUCGAUGCACAAGACCGAACUCACUGACAUGCAAGCCCAAAUCGACCUGAAAACACUGAAAAUUCACGACAUUCAAGUCGAAUUUGACAGUGCAUUGCGCGCCCAGGUCGAGUCACACGCAGCAACUUGCGCAGCAAUGGACCUAGAACGACAAGCAUCUGAAAACAAAUGGCAGGAAACUAGUCAAGACGUGCAGAAAAAUCACGAAGAUGUGUUGCGCCAGAUUUUAGCGACCCACGAAGCUGAAUUAGCAGCGACGAAGCAUGAAUUAACCCUCCAAUUCAACGCCGCCAAGAGCCAACUCAUGGCGGAAAAGGAUCAACUCGUCGCCACACAUGCGCAGGACGUGACCAAAUUGAACCAAGUUCGAAAAAUCGAUUUGGAGGCCGCCGCGACCGAAUUAAGUCGUAAACUGGCCGAAUUACGCGAUAAAAUGGACAAAGAGCAACGUCUGGCGACCGCGACGCUCACGGCGCAGCAUGCCCAAGUGGUCUCGACGUUUGAAAACACGGUGGAGAGCUGCAACGCCACGAUUGCCAGGCACGUGGGGUCGAUUCUUGGGCUUGAACGCGACAAGAAGGCGCUUCAGCAGACUAUUUCCCAAAACGAGAUCGAGCUGGUCCAAAAGGAACUCUAUUGGCAGCGCGAGAAGGACCAGGCGUUGGAAUUGGCUCGAAAGCACCACAAAGUCGAGGUGGAGCAGACGAUUGAAGUGCAUUUGCAUGAGACUCAAGCGCUAAACAACCAAUUCGAGAAGACCAGGGCGUUGCUACAAGACCAGCUCCAGCAACUGGUAGGCAAGAUUCGAGAAUGGGAGCAAGUAUAUGCCCGCCGGGAUAGCCGCCUCGAAGACCUGAAUCGAAUUGCCGACCUGGAACAAGAUGUGGCGGAUAAAGAUGCCCUCGUGCAGCAAACAGUGGACGAGAUGGCGUAUAUCAAGCGGGAACUGCUAAAUCGAGAAGACACGUACAAUAAAACGUUUGGAAGGAGCCCCAACGUCGGCGUUCUGCAAGUGCUCAAGCCAGCGCCGCCAAAUUUGAAAAUGCGAAAGACCAAGACUGGCGGCGUCAACAACAAUGUGACUAGUAGUACUACUAGUAGUACUAGGCCUCUGCCUCCCAUUGGAGUCAACCAACAGCAGCAGCAAACACCCAGCUAUCGAGAGUGAAAAACACGGGGCUACAGUAACGUCGAGCUAUCAUCAUGUACUAGUACUACGUAGUAUUAAUAGUACAGUACUUACUAUUAAUAGUGCUGUACUCGCGAUCUACAGUGUGGUUGUAGCACCUAUUAUGAC